AUGGCAAGCCAUGGCCCAGGUGGUGCAGCAGGGUCUGCCUCAGCGCCACGAGUGCGUGCGAGAAGUGCCAACGCCACUGUGACGACAGGCGCUGCUGAGAGUUCGGGGAGCGCUGCAGCUGCCAAGGCAGCGCCAAAGGCGCCGAGCAACCAGCCCACUACGCAGGGCGACGUUGGGAAGGGAACAGAGAAGGGCGUCAGAACGUUCCUUGAGGGAGCGUACUUUGCGAUGCCCAUGGUCGCACCUUCCUUCGUUGAGUCGGGAGAGAAGAUCUAUUGGCUUCUCGACUCUGGGAGCUCGUACCAUGUGGUUUCCCAGGCGACGCUUGAGAGUGGACACGUCAAGGUUUUGUCGAGGCAGAAGCGACCGAAGACUGUGUGCCAGACUGCCACUGGCGACCUGGUGGAAGUGGGAAGCGACACCCACGCGACGAUCGAGGUGAAUUUUCUCACCACUCGACACUUCGAGCAGCGAGGAGGAGUUCUGAGCACCUUUGCGUGCACCUGCCGCCUAGAAGCGGUAGUUAGCAGCGAAAUCAAACAUAACCUGAUAAACUUCAACCUCCUCUGUUGGAGAGGCUGGAAGCCUACCCUUUACCGGGGUCUCUUAACAGCGGAACGUAAGGAGGUGACGCUGCUUCCAGCAGUGUUCGGCGACUGCACAUGGCUUCAGAGUGUGAUGGCUGAUUCUUCCGCGAAGCUCACGCUUGCGAGACUCUGUUGGGCAGUUGGUUGGUCAGUCGUCUUGCGACAGCUCAGGAAUGCAGAUGGAGUGCAGUUGGUAGGUCAAUCGUCUUGCGGCAGCCCUGGAGUGCAGUUGGCCAGUGCGAAAAAGGGCUGGACAGGCCGGGCGGAGGCAAUGGAAAUAUCCUCCGACGAGGAGGUAGAGGGGCCACCUGCCCCAAAGGCGACGGGGGUGAGCCUCGCGGCCUUGAGCCACAACAACCGCAACUAUUGCGAGUACUGCAUGGUUUGCGGGAAACACGCGACGGAGGCUCAUUUGAUGUCGGACAGCCACAAUCAUCGCAUGAAGUCGUGGAUCGCCAGGAACCGCCCUGGUUUGAGGCUUCUACCGGACAGGCUUUCCGAUCCCGAAAGGAUCGAUAUGAUGAUCCAACUACGUAUGCCGGACUUGGCCGAGCCCGAGAUCAAGAAGGCGAGGGAGCUAGUUCUCCAACUAGCUUGGUUCAGCAACCAACCGGCGAAGGCGGAUGGCUCAACUUUGCCGCCGCCAGAGGUCGACUCGGAAGCCACAGCGAAAUCCAGCAAUGCACUUCCGGGAAUCUGGGCGGAACCACAGAGCCUCCACGAGCAGUGGAGCGGCGUGUGCUUCCAUCACAGCCGGAGCCGCGGCGUCCACCCUGGUGGUGUCUUGACAGGCGAGUGGCCGCGCUUCCUCCAGCUGUUGGGUCGGAAGGCGAAGCCAGCACAGGCUGGCCGCGGGGAUCAACAACCACAGACCCCACCCAAGGCGGUGGAUCCGAAGGGACUCGGGUCUAUGAUGCCCAAGACACCGCCCAAGACGGCGCCAUUGGAGGCACCUGCGGAGGAGGACACCGAGAUGGUGGAGGAGACAGGGAUGGAGCAAGAAGCGCCAUCGCCACCCAACGUGUCGCCGAGUGUGCCGCCUCCGGCACCUCCGCCACCACCGGUUUCGGCUCCACCAACAUAUUCGUGGGUGCCACGCAGCUACCCACCUCCGGGUGCAGUGCUGAGUUCGCCCAGCGGCGAGAGCUUAUACACGAGGAUGAGGCUCGGCAUCUGUACGGAGGCAGAAGCAGACUCCUGGAGGGUUGCAGCGGAGAUGGCCACAGAAUACGCGAGCCGGCCUACUUCAAGCCCAACGGGCAGGGCUCUGGGGCCACCACUGGCACCGCCACCGGGAGUGCCACCACCGGCACCUCCAGCGGGAACGUGGGUUAUCAACCCGCAGCCACUUCCGCCAAGGAGACCUUCUCGCAGCCCGACCCUAAUCGUCUCACAGCUUUCGAAGCCCGACGCCAUGAAUAAUGGCCUUUUUGCUUUGCCAACGCACCAGCAUGCAUGGAAACAUUCUGGAGUGCACGCUUCGUGUGAGUUCUGCGGUCAGCCAUGUUCAGUUUUCAGUUCCGCUGCUGUUGUUGCCCCGUUGCAGGAAGAGGACCCCCUCAACCAGAAGAAUCACAACAAGGAGCCCGAUACGCAACCAGACGGUCGGGCCGGUUUGGGUUUAGCAGCAGGGCAGGGAGAGCUGAUCAUGUCAAAAAGAUCCGGAGACACGCCGUGA